UGGAUGAUCCUUUAUUCUAUUAUUGCCGUAGUCGCGGAAAAUGAAGAUAAAAAUUUGGUGCGCGAUUUUUUCGGUAUUCGCUGGCGUCUCUUGUAUACCGGUCGACCUUCUGUACGAGGUGGCGCCAGGAGCUUUAUACUUACCACAAUCCAACGACAUUUCCAGUGAAGAGAUCAAGCUCAAAGUGCCCGUUCUUUUCUACGGCGACCGUUUUGACACAGUCUUCGUAAAUUCCAAUGGUUUCCUGUCUUUCCAAACGGAAAUACCCCACUUUAUUAAUAUAGAAUUCCCGCUGGACUAUGCGAUUAUAGCGCCGUUCUACGCGAACGUGGAUACCAGCAAAUCGGGAACAAUAUCGUAUUACGAAACGGAGAGUGCGAACGUUUUGGAAAGAGCGACGGAGAGCGUACACGAGGCGUUCGUAGAUUCCGCAGAUUUCCAGGCGACCAGCGUGUUCGUCGUCACUUGGAAAGACGUGGGUUAUUAUCGGGAAGGUAGUGAUAAACUCAACACCUACCAAGUAGCGAUCAUUACUAACGGCAUCGAGACUUACGCCGAAUUCCUAUACCCGGAAAAUGGCAUUCAAUGGAUCCAGGGUAUCGGAGACGAUUCCGGCCUUCCCGACGCAAGGGCGCAGGUCGGUUUUCUAUCGGUCAACGGAAAAAUGUUCACUUUACCCGGAAGCGGCACUGAACAGGUCCGGGCUCUCGAAAAGUGGACAAACAUGGGCCUUCCCGGUCAGUUUAUUUACAAAAUUGAUGGACCGGAGAUUCUGGAACCCGAUUUUAACAACGAAGGUAGUCAGUCGUCGUCGCCGCGUUCCUGCGCGGAAGCUCCCGCUGCGUGUCACAGCCAGGCGCGGUGCAUCGACUUCGACGAAGGCUUCUGCUGUGAGUGUAAUCAGCGGUACUACGGCGACGGCAAGUACUGCGUCAAGGCGAACGCUCCGCUCAGAGUGAUGGGCAAAGUCAACGGUGUCAUCAACGGAGAGAGACUCAACAACCUCGACCUCCAGUCUUAUAUAGUCACCAACGAGGGCAGAGCGUAUACCGCCAUUUCUAAAAUACCGGAAAGCGUCGGGUCUGACGUGCAGACUUUACAAAUCCUGGGUGGGGUCAUAGGUUACCUAUUCGCCAAGCCAACAGGUGGCGCUCAAAACGGGUUCCAAAUCACUGGCGGACAUUUUAACCACACCGCGAGCCUCAAAUUUAUUAACACCAAUCAGGAGCUGACCGUAAAGCAGAAGUUUUCCGGGUUAGACGUGUUCGAUCAGCUCCGGGUUGAUGUUGAUGUCCACGGAGAACUUCCAAGCCUGCCUCCGGACUCCAGGGUUGUGGUGGACGAGUACAGGGAACAGUAUACUCGUACUGGUCCCGGUUUGAUACAAACCGCUUCGGACAGGGUGUUCCAAUUCAGCGGGCCAGGCGGAGAAACGAACGUCAACACGUUCAGGGUCGAGCAGACUUUCAAGUUCGAUCAUUGUCCCUACAAGAACGUCUCUGUCGGAGAAACUUGGAACUUAAACGUCGACAGAAACUUUAUCAGUUACGAAAGCCGGGAGCAGAUCAUACGAUUUGGCUUGAGCAAUGACGUCAUCCCUGCGGGAGGAUUCGACCCGUGUGAGGAGGGCAAACAUAAAUGCGGUGAAAACAGCAACUGCGUGGUGGAAUCUGACAGGUACAGGUGCGUAUGCAACCCGGGAUACCAGCAUAUCCUAUCCGGCGAUGCUAACUUGUGCGUCGACAUCAACGAGUGCCAGAACGGCGUGCACGAGUGUGACUUGAACGCUCAGUGCGUCAACACGAUAGGCAGCUACUCGUGCGUGUGCAACCCGGGAUACGAGGGCAGCGGCUUCGAGUGCCAACACGUUAAAACGUGCGCAGAUGUCGCCUGCGCGGACAACGCCGAAUGCGUACAGUACGCGGACUUCGCAGGUUGCAGGUGCAUCGCGGGGUUCAAGGGCGACGGCAACGUGUGCAGGCCGGUCACCAACCAGGGCUGUCACGUCAACAACAACUGCUCGCCUUACGGUAUAUGCUCUAUCGACCGCACUACUCAGAGGUACUCGUGCUCCUGCCAGCCAGGCUACGAAGGUGACGGCUACUUCUGCCGGCUCCAACCUCAAUAUGAGAGUACCGUUGUUCCCGACACUACCAUGGCGACGUCGAUCCCCCAAAUCGGCGACGCCGACAAGGUCACCCAACAAUGUUUCCUGGGGGUGUGCUGGUGUCCGGAACGUUACGCGAAAGAAGCUGGAACGGACAAGUGCGUACCGGAUGUGGGAGGAACUGUGACAACGACGCCAGGAUGCGACGCGUCGAACAAUUGCCACGCGGACGCCCAAUGCGUCUACGUGCAGAAUUUAGAGACUUACGCGUGCGCGUGCAACGAAGGCUUCGAGGGAGACGGCUACACGUGCGUGCCCGAGGUGGUAUCGUGUACAAAAACCGACAAUUGUGACAGCCGCGCCACCUGCGCUUAUGACGAAACGCUCGGCAGGUCCAAGUGCGUUUGCAACCCGGGAUACACCGGCGACGGAUACGUGUGCAACGCGAUAGCUAGCUGUGCGUCAAACGACGACUGCGCGCCCACGGAGACUUGCGCCUUUACCGGCAGUCACGAGGAGUGCGUGUGCCGAGAGGGGCACGUGCGCGAUUCGCAGCACGUGUGUGUACCGCUGAUGACGUCGUCGUGCGGAGGCGGUUACUGCGUCGAAAACGCCGAGUGCCUCUUUGACGACGAGUAUCAGACGUUUUAUUGCACUUGCAAGACGGGAUACGUUGGCGAUGGCAUAACGGAAUGCAAACUGAAACCGGUCGGUUGUGACGUGCUGAACAACUGUGGCCUGCACGCCGUCUGCCAAUACGACGAACAGGCAUUCACUUACGUGUGCCGCUGCAACCCCGGCUUCUUCGGUAACGGUACCAACUGUUUCGUCGAGAAGAAUUGCCUUGUGGACCCCGCGAUGUGCGAUCCGCGGGCCUCAUGCGUCACCAACGCCGAUCGCAGAUAUUUUUGCCAGUGCCCGUCUGGUUACGUUGGUAACGGUAGCGUCUGCAAAGAGGUCGUUCGCCAGGAAGGCAACUUCCUGCUCCUCAAUCAAGGAAUGGCCACUUUAAAAAUACCGAUGGAGCCCACGAGGAGGGACCCCGGCAAACCGAUCCAGAUCAAACUGUUUCAGACAGCAGUCGGGUUGGAUAUAGACUGCACGGAAGGGAGAGUGUACUGGAGUGACAUUAGUGGACGGGCUAUAAGAAGCGCGACGUACAACGGCAGCGACAAGGCUGAUUUCGUAGUAAACUCGAUCGGUUCUCCCGAGGGCUUAGCCGUCGACUGGGUGUCACGUAAUAUCUACUGGACGGAUUCGACGUUAGACACUGUCGAGGUCGCAAAUCUGGACUCGAAGAGACGCAGAACGCUGUUCAAAACGGACCUGGUGAACCCCAGGGGUAUAGCGGUGCACCCGCAACGCGGAAAGAUCUUUUGGUCCGAUUGGGACAGGACGCGUCCGAAGAUCGAGUGGGCGAACGCGGACGGUACCGACAGGAGGAUAUUCCUCGAAGCACCGUUCGUGUCGCUUCCCAAUUCUUUGACCGUCGACUACGAAACCGAACAGCUAUGCUUCGCAGACGCGGGUACCAAGAAGAUAGAGUGCGUGCAAAUAGACACGAAACAAACCCAGACCAUAGCGGUAAACUGCACUUACCCGUUCGGUAUCGCGGUCACAGACCGCGAAGUGUACUGGUCGGACUGGAUAUCCAAGAAAAUCGAACGAGUCGACAAGUAUAACCUCAAACGUUUGCCUUCGUUGACGGUACCGUUAGGCGGAUCCGGGAACAAACUUUUCGGUUUGGUAGCAGUACCGAAUUCCUGUCCAAGACAGGCUAACGUUUGCGAGUACAGCCGGUGUUCGGAAGAACGAAUUUGUUUGCCGAACGGUUCGGGCUCGAGAAGUUGUUUGUGUUCGUACAGGGUCGACGCACCCGAGGAAGAACCCACCACUUGUACCCUUUAGUUAAAUAGAAGUUCUUUUUUUAUAUUAGCGUUUUUAGUAAUAUAUCAGUGUGUUUGGAAGGUACUGUGCUUCAUUUACCAGCGCUGGAUUUGCAAUCCCAU